AUGAGUGAGGCAAACCGAACCACGGUGGAGCCCUCGGAGCUCCCCACAGCAUCGGCCGUAUCCCCUGGAAUGGGCAGCGGGGCCCGGGCAUGGCCUGUGCUGGUAGGGGUCGUGCUGGGGGCUGUGGUCCUUUCUCUCCUCAUCGCACUUGCUGCCAAAUGCCACCUCUGCCACAAAUACCGUGCCAGCUACCAGCACCGCCCGCUGUCUGGGACAGUGAAAGGGGUCCGCCCCAAGGUGGGUGAAGAUGAGGAUGACGAUGGUUUCAUCGAGGACAAUUACAUUCACCCUGGGGUUGGUGGGCUGGGGACGGAGGGAAGUAGGGACCACUUUUCCCUCUGA